GAUGUUUUGUUGAUGCUUUAAUUGCAUCAUUGCAUGUGUGCGUGAUUAACAAUGUUGAUGUUUUGCUAUUAAAUAACCGAUCCGAAAAAAAAUGCAAAAAGCUGGUAAAAUUUUAAUCAAAAAUCUUAAAACACUUGUUACCGGGAGCAGUUCUCGAUUGGGUAAUAAGUUGGUCCAGGAAUUGGUUGAAAACGGAGGAACAGUUUAUGCUGUUGAUAAACGUAUACAUAGUUUACAACUUUAUGGAAAAGAUCAUCAUUUUGUUCAAGGUGAUUUAGCUGAUCAAACUUUUUUGGAUGAUUAUCUAAAAAAUAUUGGUCCUAUUGAUGCCUUAGUAAACUGUGCUGGCCAUCGAAGUUCUUACAAUUAUUUCCUAAGUUAUUUGAUUUCGAAAAACAUUUUGGAAAAAUUACAAAGUAAUGAAAUCAACAAAUUCGGUUGUCGUGGUUGUAUUAUAAAUCUAGUUUACAUCAAUUCACAAUAUGAUGCUGAAUAUUUCAAAAAACAAGAUGAUUUUGUUAAAAAAUAUGGAAUACAAUUAGAUACAAUCGAUGAUGAUGUGUUUCGUUUAGCUGACCUAUUGACGGCUGCUCGAAUCCGUUGUAAUACAUUGAUGGUUGAUUCGAAACUAGACGAAAAACAAUUUAGUUCAAUGGUUAUGCAUAUACUAGAAGAUCAAUAUAUUGCUGGACAGGUUAUUAACAUGGAAGAUAAUCUAAGACAUCAUGAAUUAAACUAUGAUGAAUUUAAGGCCGAAAUUCUACGUGGUAAAGUUAAAGAACAAAAAGGCGAUCAAAAUUACUUUCUUCCAUCCGAAAUCAAAGAAGAAAAAAUUAUCCCAUUAUCUGAUUCUACAUUACCUAUCAAAAGUUGAUUUAUUAAAAAAAAAUUUGAAAAUUUUUUUCUUUCAUUUGUUUAGUAAAAUAUCGAUUGUU